AUGGAGAUCAGAGGGGCACUCGUUCUGCGGAAAAGGCAAGUCCUGAUUCUCUUUGUUUUACUGGGAUUGUCUCAGGCGCGUCCUGAGUCUGUGCCCUAUUCUGUGGCAGAGGAAACAGAGAUCGGUUCUUUGGUGGCUAAUCUGGCAAGGGAUCUGGGGCUUGGUGUGGAGGAGCUCUCUUCACGGGAGGCUCGGGUAGUAUGUGAUGAUAAUGAAAAGCAUUUGCACCUCGAUUUGCUGACUGGGGAUUUGCUGAUAAAUGAUAAACUGGACCGGGAAGAGAUGUGUGGCUCCACGGAGCCCUGUGUGAUGCAUUUUCAGAUGGUAUUGGAAAACCCUUUACAGUUUUUUCAGGCUGAGCUGCACAUCAAAGAUAUAAAUGAUCACUCCCCUACAUUUCUUGACAAUGAAAUAGUUAUUAAAAUAUCAGAAAGUACCACUAUUGGAACUACAUUCCUAAUGGAGAGUGCCCAAGAUUUGGAUGUAGGAAGCAACAGUCUUCAAAACUACACAGUUAGCCCAAAUUCUCACUUCUACAUUAAAAUUCAAGACAGCGACGAUGGAAAGAUAUACCCAGAACUGGUCCUGCACAGAGCGUUAGAUCAUGAGGAGGAGCCUGAGCUCAGAUUAACACUUGUAGCACUUGAUGGUGGAAACCCGCCCAGGUCUGGGACAACUUUGGUCCUCAUCAAGGUCUUAGACAUCAACGACAACGCCCCGGAAUUUCCGCAGAGGCUCUAUGAGGUACAGGUCCCGGAAAACGCACCGGUUGGCUCUUGGAUUAUCACCGUCUCUGCUAAGGAUCUGGAUGCAGGAAAUUAUGGGAAAAUACUUUAUACGUUUUUUCAUGCAUCAGAAGAUAUUCGUAAAACAUUUGAAAUCAAUCCAAUAUCUGCGGAAGUUCAUUUGAGAUCACAACUGGAUUUUGAAGUAGUACAAUCCUACACUAUAAAUAUUCAGGCAACAGACGGUGGGGGUCUUUCCGAAGAAUGCACUCUUUUGGUGAAAGUAAUAGAUACAAAUGACAAUCCACCGGAAGUGAUCAUCUCAUCAAUCACAAAGAUAAUUCCAGAGAACGCCGCAGAGACCCUUGUGGCUCUUUUUAGUGUCCGAGACCAAGACUCUGGAGAAAAUGGAAGGAUUAUUUGCUCUAUCCAAGAUGACCUCCCAUUUUUUCUGAAACCGACCUUCAAGAACUUUUUCACCCUAGUUUCAGAUAAAGCACUGGACAGAGAGGAGAGAGCAGAGUACAACAUCACCAUCUCGGUCACUGACAUGGGAACUCCCAGACUGAAAACCGAGCACAACAUAACCGUGCUGGUGUCCGACGUCAACGACAACGCCCCCGCCUUCACCCAGACCUCCUACACCCUGUGGGUCCGCGAGAACAACAGCCCCGCCCUGCACAUCGGCAGCGUCAGCGCCACAGACACAGACGCGGGCGCCAACGCCCAGGUCACCUACUCGCUGCUGCCGCCCCCCGACCCGCCCGUGCCCCUCGCCUCCCUCGUGUCCAUCAACCCCGACAACGGCCACCUCUUCGCCCUCACGUCCCUGGACUACGAGGCCCUGCGGGCCUUCGAGUUCCGCGUGGGCGCCACCGACCGCGGCUCGCCGGCGCUCAGCAGCCAGGCGCUGGUGCGCGUGCUCGUGGCGGACGCCAACGACAACGCGCCCUUCGUGCUCUACCCGCUGCAGAACGCCUCGGCGCCCUGCACCGAGCUGGUGCCCAGGGCGGCCGAGCCGGGCUACCUGGUGACCAAGGUGGUGGCGGUGGACGGCGACGCGGGCCAGAACGCCUGGCUGUCGUACCAGCUGCUCAAGGCCACGGAGCCCGGGCUGUUCGGCGUGUGGGCGCACAACGGCGAGGUGCGCACGGCGCGGCUGCUGAGCGAGCGCGACGCGCCCAAGCAGCGGCUGGUGGUGCUGGUCAAGGACAACGGCGAGCCGCCGCUGUCGGCCAGCGUCACGCUGCACGUGCUGCUGGUGGACGGCUUCUCGCAGCCCUACCUGCCGCCCCCGGAAGCGGAAGCGGCGGCCGCGGCGCCGGCCGACCCGCUCACCGUCUACCUGGUGGUGGCCUUGGCGUCGGUGUCGUCGCUCUUCCUCUUCUCGGUGCUGGUGUUCGUGGCGGUGCGGCUGUGCAGGAGGGGCGGGGCGGGCUCGGCGGGUCGCUGCCCGGUGCCCGAGGGCCACUUCCCGGGCCACCUGGUGGACGUCAGCGGCACGGGGACCCUGUCGCAGAGCUACCAGUAUGAAGUGUGUCUGAUGGGAGGUCCUGGGACGAAUGAAUUUAAAUUUCUGAAGCCGAUUAUCCCUGAUCUUCCAGUCCAAGACUCCGGUAGGCAUAUAGGGGAAAAUGAGAACUUUAGAAAUAGCUUUAGACUCAACCUUCAGUAAAAUAAUUUAAACUUCUGAUGUUUUGUUAUUCUUGGCAAACUAUAGA